CAUAGUCUUUGAUACUACUCACCGCUUGGAUGCUUAUGACAUGCUUCUAGGAAUUUGGAUUGGAGUGGACAAUCAUGGAUUAAAUUGUUUUUUCGGUUGUGUGCUUCUUCAGGAUGAAAAUAUGCAUUCUUUCUCUUGGGCAUUAAAGACAUUCUUGGGCUUCAUGAACGGAAAGGCUCCAGGAACAAUUUCAACAGACCAAAACAUGUGGCUCAAGGAAGCAAUAGCUAUUGAAAUGCCAAGGACCAAACAUGCUUUUUGCAUUUGGCAAAUCAUUUCAAAGUUUUCUGAUUGGUUUUCUUUACUACUUGGGUCCCAAUAUGAUAGAUGGAAAGCUGAAUUUCAUCGGCUUUAUAACUUGUAUAUGGCAGAGGAAUUUGAAGUGGGAUGGAAAGACAUGGUUGAUACAUAUGGACUACAUGGAAAUAAGCAUAUCGUCAGCUUGUAUGCCUUGCGUACAUUUUGGGCACUACCUUUUUUGAGAUCUUACUUCUUUGCAGGAAUGACGAGUACAUUUCAAUCAGAGUCAAUAAAUGCUUAUAUCCAAUGCUUUUUGAGUGCACAAUCUGUACUUGAUAAUUUUGUUGAGGAGGUGGUUGCAGUUGUAGAUGCUAAAGUCCAACCCAGAACAAACCAAAAGAUGCAACGGAAGGUCCAGAAAGUCUCUCUCAAAACAGGCUCACCAAUUGAGGCGCAUGCUGCUAACGUUCUUACACCAUAUGCCUUCUGCAAACUACAGGAGGAACUUGUGUUGGCACCACAAUAUGCAUCACUGAUGGUAGAUGAAAGCUACUUUAUUGUGAGACACCAUACAGAAAUGGAUGGAGGUUGCAAAGUACUAUGGGCUCCUCAUGAUGAGUUCAUUAGCUGUAGCUGCCACCACUUUGAGUUUUCAGGCAUCCUCUGUAGACAUGUCCUUCGUGUUCUAUCAACAAACAAUUGUUUUCACAUUCCUGACCAGUAUCUACCCAUCCGUUGGCGUGAUAUCACUUCAUCUUUGACAAAGCUGGUCCAAUCUUCUACUUCACAGGAUCAGUCAGGGAAAGUCCAGUUAUUGCAAUCCAUGGUUUCUACACUGAUUACCGAAUCAAUUGAGACAGAGGAACGCCUUGACGUUGCUUGUGAUCAAAUUGCUUUGGCUUUGACUCGUGUCAAGGAAUUUCCUGGGCCAUCAUUGCACGGUGGUAAUGAUAUUGCGUAUGAUAGUCCGUCUGACUCAUUGAUUCUUCCAGAAGUUGAAGACUCUGAUAGCAUUGUGCAAAGUUUCACUAGGAAUUCUCAUGAGACUCUAGCUUUAGGAAAGCUGAAAGAGAGAAGAUCAAGAGAUGGGGAAGAUAUGUACAGGAAGAGAAGGCGUUGCUCUGUGCCUUGCUGUGGGCAGUUUGGACAUGAUGCUAAUGAUUGCCCCAUGAUGGGAGGUGACGUUUUGAAUGGGGAUGGGCUAGGUUUUUAUAGGUAACUCAACUGCUGGGUGAGGCUAGAUGUAUGAAGCUCGUUGUCCAUGUCCAUGCACCCAUGUAAGAAAACUGCCAUCGUCACUAAUGCAAUCCCCCCCCCCCUCUCCGCUCCUCUUUUUUUUUUUUUAUCAUUUAGCUCAUUUUCUGAAUGGACGUCACAAACAAACUCAGAACACAUCUGCGAUAUCUUAUAGUUUGUCUCCAUCCAUUCAUGACAGCAGAACAGUUAUGAUUGCCUGGACUUAAGGGGAAAUACUUACCUGUAGAACCUGUGGUCAUCUUGUAGAUCAUGACUGGCUGAUGAAACCACAUCUGUACUGGAAACAAAAAAAUGAGUUUUUCAUUAAUGUCUUUUGCAAGUAGGUGUGAGUGCUUGAUGCGUG